AUUCCGUUCUUUAAAUGCAGGCAGUUAGUCAGAUCAAUCUCCCAGAUCCAUUUAACCUCCAUGUCAUCCCAAAUCUCGGGUUCUUAGUUCAAGUCUCUACUUCGGCGUUUCUGCUCUGAAAUUCCCUUUGCUUGUGUCCAUCACCGCGAGGAGCUCUCGCAGACGGACUCCGAUUUCGUUUCUUAUACCGUCUAUCUCCUAGAUCCCUUAGAGCAGAAUGGCUCCUCCAUCUGAGGGCCAUAGACUAACUCCCUCCCUAUCGCCACUCAAGCAGAUGGUCCUCGUCGAUCAAGCACCGCUAAUCAGCCCUGGUCACAAAACCCCAGACUACGACGAAACCCGGCUACAGAAGAAAGACGACUCCCUCAAACGAAUCAUCCGUCGCCUCAAGUUCGUCUCCCGCGCCCUCAGCACCCUCCUCUCCCUCGCCACCCUCAUCCUCCUCGCCAUCACCCUCCAAAGCUUCCUCUCCACCCGCUCCAUUCGCCGACCCGUCCCUCACACCGGCAUCCCCCGCGGCCCCUGGUCCCGCGACUCCAAAGUCUGGCCCACCUACCUCUACCUCGGCGUCGCCAUCGCCUCGCUCCUCCUCCACGUAGGCAUCUUCAUCGCGUACCUCCGCUCCGUCCGCGCGGCGAACCGCGCGGCGACCCUCGCCACCGGGUUCACCUGGGCUGUGACGCUGAUGAACCUGGUGAUUUGGGUCGUCGGUGCGGCGACGUAUCGCACGGCGAAGGACGACGGAGGGGGGGCCGGGUCGGACUUGUGGGGCUGGUCGUGCAGCGCGGUUGCGGAUGAGAUCCAGGGGGUGUUUGGGGAGGUGCGGUUCCAGUCGCUCUGUCAGGUCCAGGGAUACAGCUGGUAUUUGGGGAUCGUGCAGGUGGUGGCGGCGGUAUUGAGUGCCACGAUCCUGUACCUAGCGGUGUCGCGGACGAGGACGAAGAACGAGAGGUGGAGGACGGGGGGUACAACUUGAGAUAAAGAUUGCAAGAACUUCAUUUUUUAUAUUAUAUAUGAUAUAUACGAAUAUCCACAGAUACCUAUGACGAGCA